AUGGAAGUGCGCUGGGCCACGCCACGCGCCUUCGUGGAACCAUCGCUGGCGGAGAAGAUCGUGAUCCCGCACACGGCGUACCUGCACAAGGCCAAGGCCGUCACCGCGCUCAUCGCCGGCCUCUCUCUCGCCGCUGCGCCGGCACCCGCUAAGGCGGACGCCGACACAAAGGAGGCGAGCACCGACGAGAAGACAGAGGCGGCGGCUCCCGCGACUGAAACAGAGCCCAAGGAAGAGGCGAAGGAGGAGGCGAAGGAGAGUGCGAAGAAAGAGGAGGCCGUUAAGGAGAGCGCGAAGCCAGCGGCAGCAGCCGGCGAGGUGCUGCUAGCGGACGGCUCGGCGGUGCCGUACGACGUGCUGGUGAUCUGCACGGGCUCCGAGCCCUACACCACCACCACCCGCGACGACCGCCUCAAGUUCUACGCGCAAGAGAGCGAGAAGCUGAAGGCGGCGAAGAGCGUGGUGGUGGUGGGCGGAGGGCCGUCGGGCGUGGAGCUGGCCGGGGAGAUUCUCACGGACAUGCCGGGCAAGAAGAUCACCAUCGCCACCGGCGGCGCGCGCGUGUGCGAGUUCCUGAAGGCGAAGGGCAGCGACAAGAUCCUGUCGUGGCUGAAAGGGCAGGGCGUGGACGUGCUGCUGGGCGACCGCGUGCAGGCUUCCUGGGAUCAAUUCGGCAGCAGCGGUACGCUCAAGACGGACGCGGGCAAGGAGCUCACGGCGGACUAUGUGGCCAUCGCUGUGGGCGCGCGCCCUUACACCGCCUGGCUCACAGACGCCCUGGGCGCAGCAGUGGAGGAUGGGCGAGUGAAGGUGGACUCACACCUGCGUGUGGAGGGCCAUUCCAACGUGUUUGCCAUCGGCGACAUCACCAACAUCAAGGAGAACAAGCAAGGAUACUUUGCGCAGGAGCAUGCCCGCGUGGCGGCAUCCAACAUCCGCAAAGUGCUCAAGAGCAAUGGCAAGCCCACCACGCUCAAGUCGUAUUCCCCGGGUAUGGAUGUGGCCAUUGUCUCUCUGGGCCGGAAACAGGGCCUUGCGCAGCUUCCCUUUGGAACCUUCAUGGGGUGGGUACCCACCAACAUGAAGAGCAAGGGGCUCUUUGUCAACAAGAUUCGGAGUGAGCUUGGAGUCAAGUAG